AUGGUCAAACUCAAUGGCACAGUCUUCAUGCCUUUGAUGCUCACACUGAUUGGAAUCCCUGGCUUGGAGUCUGUGCAGUUCUGGAUUGGGAUUCCAUUCUGUGCCAUGUACAUCAUUGCUCUAUUUGGGAAUUCCCUGCUCUUGGUCAUCAUUAAAACUGAGCGCAGCCUCCAUGAGCCCAUGUAUCUCUUCCUGGCAAUGCUUGGAGCUACAGACAUUGCUCUUAGUACCUGCAUCCUACCCAAAAUGCUGGGAAUAUUCUGGUUUCAUCUGCCACAGAUGUACUUUGAUGCCUGUCUCUUGCAGAUGUGGCUCAUCCACACAUUGCAGUGUAUUGAGUCAGGUAUUUUGCUGGCCAUGGCCCUGGAUCGAUACGUGGCCAUCUGUGAUCCUCUGAGACAUGCAACCAUUUUUACCCACCAAGUUCUCACUCAGAUUGUGGUUGGGGUGACACUCCGAGCAGCGUUCCUUGUAGCUCCAUGUCUCAUCCUCAUCAAAUGCCGGCUGAAAUUCUAUAGGACCACCGUAGUCUCUCACUCAUAUUGUGAGCACAUGGCCAUUGUGAAGUUGGCAGCAGAAGAUGUUCGAAUUAACAAGAUCUAUGGUCUGUUUGUGGCUUUCAGUGUACUUGGACUUGACAUAAUCUUCAUCACACUCUCCUACUUUCAGAUAUUUAUAACUGUCUUCAAUCUGCCACAAAAGGAAGCUAGGCUCAAGGCCUUUAACACGUGCAUUGCCCACAUUUGUGUCUUCCUCGAGUUUUAUAUGCUGGCUUUCUUCUCCUUCUUUACACACAGGUUUGGGUUCCACAUUCCAUCUUACAUUCACAUUCUUCUUUCCAACUUUUACCUACUUGUCCCACCUUUACUCAAUCCUAUUGUUUAUGGGGUAAAGACCAAACAAAUUCGAGAUCGAUUAUUCAAGAUUUUCCUCUGA